AUGUUCCUUGUACCCAGUGACCGGAGGCAGAAUAUCUUUUGUGCCAGAUGCGAAGAUCAGCUUCUGACCAAGCCAUACCAGACCUUUUUGAUUGGUGAGCUCGAAGAGGCGGCAGGAACUGUUAAAAACCAGGCGAGUCCUGAUGACCUGUGUGUCGAUGAAAGUGAUGGUGUCAUAUUUAUCCAUCAUUUCCCUGACUGCUGUGGCAUGAAAAUAUUCGGGCUUUUGACCGUCACGGCAAAGAACGUUGUGCAUCAUCGUCGCCGACUCGGCCAUGGCAGCGGCCAAUUCAGCAGGACCGCCGCCGCCGAUGAGUGCAUCGAAAAGUACGAUAAAUAG